GCCGCCGCAGGUGCUGCUCGUACGUGGGGCGGCGCGGCGGCGGCCCGCAGGCCAUUUCCAUCGGCAAGAACUGCGACAAGUUCGGCAUCGUGGUGCACGAGCUGGGCCACGUCAUCGGCUUCUGGCACGAGCACACGCGGCCCGACCGCGACCGGCACGUCGCCAUCAUCCGCGACAACAUCCAGCCAGGAGUACAACUCCCUCAAGAUGGAGCCCGAGGAGGUGGAGUCGCUGGGCGAGACGUACGACUUCGACAGCAUCAUGCACUACGCGCGCAACACCUUCUCCAGGGGGAUCUUCCUGGACACCAUCCUGCCCAAAUACGACAUCAAUGGGGUCCGGCCCUCCAUAGGGCAGCGCACGCGGCUCAGCAAAGGGGACAUCGCCCAGGCGAGGAAGUUGUACCGCUGCCCCGGACAGCCAGGGCAACUUCUCGUCGCCGCAGUUCCCCAACGGCUACCCGGCCCACGCGCACUGCGUCUGGCGCAUCUCCGUCACCCCCGGGGAGAAGGUGCCACCCCAAACUGUGACCCCAAACCUGAGACCCCAAACCUGAGACCCCAAAGCCGCGACCCCAAACCUGAGACCCCAAAGCUGUGACCCCAAAGCUGCGAC